CCUUACCCUCUAGUCCCUUCUUUCUAUGCUUUUAGUAAGCCAUCAAGUCUUUGAUUGAGCUUGCUUAGUGCUUUGAUUUUUUAUUUUGAUUUUAUAAAAAACUAAAUUAAAAAAAAUUAUUAAUUAUAAUCUUUUCAUAGCUGAAAUUUUUAAAUAUAGUUUUUAGUUUUUGAUAAGAUCAAUAAAUUAUAUUAAUUAUCUAAACAUUUUCAAACAAAAUGUAGUUUCAACCGUACUGAUCAUUCGACUUAACGGACUCUUUGUCUUUCAGUCAAGUUGUGUUGUGCAAACUCAUAAUUACGGAAUGUAGCUUUACUCUACUUUAUUACUGUCUCUUUACCUAUAAGGCCCAUCCACUCACUCUCUAUGGUUGCUUCAAUAGUCUCUAGACUCAUCUUUUCAGCAUCAGUUCCACUCAUCUAGUAACUAAUUAACACUGUCUAUUCCACAACUAGCUGCCAGUAUUAGCCUUUUCUCUUCAAAGUUUGCAUCCUUUUCUUCUCUUGUGAGGUUCUAAUGGAGGCAGAUGCUGCUGAAGUGAAGUCAAAGAUGGAAGAUUAUGAAGUUAUUGAGCAGAUUGGAAGAGGAGCUUUUGGUUCUGCUUUUCUUGUUCUUCAUAAAACUGAAAAAAAGAAGUAUGUGUUGAAGAAGAUUCGGUUGGCCAAGCAGACAGAGAAGUUUAAGCGCACAGCUCAUCAGGAGAUGAACUUGAUUGCGAAGCUAAAUAACCCUUACAUUGUGGAGUACAAGGAUUCUUGGGUAGACAAGGGAAACUGUGUAUGCAUAGUAACAGGCUACUGUGAAGGAGGAGACAUGGCUGCAAUUAUAAAGAAGGCCAGAGGAAUAUUUUUCCCAGAGGAGAAACUCUGCAAGUGGUUGGCUCAAUUGUUGCUAGCUGUGGACUACUUGCAUUCUAACCGUGUCCUUCACAGAGAUCUAAAGUGUUCCAACAUAUUCCUUACAAAGGAAAAUGACAUUCGCCUUGGUGACUUUGGACUUGCAAAGCUUCUCAACACAGAAGACCUUGCUUCUUCGGUAGUUGGCACCCCUAAUUACAUGUGUCCCGAGCUCCUAGCAGAUAUACCUUAUGGCUACAAAUCAGACAUAUGGUCACUUGGAUGCUGUAUGUUCGAAAUUGCAGCACAUCAACCAGCAUUUAGAGCUCCUGAUAUGGCUGGACUUAUCAACAAAAUAAACAGAUCCUGCAUUUCUCCUCUUCCAAUUGUGUAUUCCUCCUCGCUGAAACAAAUUAUUAAGAGCAUGCUGAGGAAGAACCCAGAACACAGACCAACAGCUGCAGAAUUAUUGAGGCAUCCACAUUUGCAACCACAUCUCCUCCGUUGCCGCAAUGCAUCUUCAGUUUUUCUUCCAAUAUAUCCCAUAAACAACUCAAAGGAGAAAACCAGAAGAAAAUCAUUGCCUGCCAAACUCAGUGUUGGCAAAGACUACAGAGACAAGGACGUUGGUGCAUCAAAGCAGCCAGAAUACGAAUAUCCAUUUGAGAGAAAUGUUGAAGCACAACGAAGCAAUUUACCUCAGAAUGACAAGCCAACAUCAAUGUCUAGCACAGAAUACAGCCUGGAAAACAAGACGGUUGAUCCUACAAGCUGUUCAGUGGAAGUAUCUGAUGGUCCUAAAGACAGCUCCACUGAUUCUGAAACAAGUGUUUGCAAUGGAGAGAAGCAAGCAGAUUGUAGCAGUCCACCUCAAAAGGAUGGCACUGAAAUUGAGUCUACCUCAGAGAGCAUCCCAAAUUCUCAGCAUGAAGCAGAUUGUAGCAGUCCACCUCAAAAGGAUGGCACUGAAAUUGAGUCUACCUCAGAGAGCAUCCCAAAUUCUCAGCAUGAAGCAGAUUGUAGCAGUCCACCUCAAAAGGAUGGCACUGAAAUUGAGUCUACCUCAGAGAGCAUCCCUAAUUCUCAGCAUGAAGAAGAAGAACCCAGUGCUCUGCGUUUUCAAGAUUUGCAAGAGGUUGAUGUCAAAAUUGUGACCUCAAAGGAUCAAGCAACAUUUUGCAGCGGACAAUUUCCUGAAGAAGUUCAAACAGAUGGGAAGGGUGAUACAGUAGAUGAAACCAGGAAACUGGAAAUGCCUAGCCUGAGUUGUGCCAAUCAUGAUGCCGCCUCUGAUGAUAAAAGCCCACCAUCAACUGUAAAUGAACCUUAUGCAGAGGCCUUACAGAAACCAGAAAGUCCUGAUGUGUAUACAGAAAGUACUCAUAUAGAGUACUUGUCAUCUGAAAGUAAUGAUGUACUUCCAUGUAAAGUUGAAAUACAAGCAAAACCAGAAAACAACAAUUGCUCCAUGGACACAGAGAAAGAUGAUAUCCAUGCGAUGACUAAUGCACAAUUGCUGAGCACACUUGCUGCACUAACAGGCGAUGAAGCCAAGAGCGAGUGGGAGAAUCCAAGUCAACAAAGAGCUGAUGCUCUAGAGUCUUUGCUAGAGCUAUGUGCACGGCUACUUAAACAGGAAAAGAUCGAUGAGCUUGCUGGUGUGCUAAAGCCAUUUGGAGAAGAAAUGGUCUCAUCCAGAGAAACAGCAAUCUGGUUGACAAAAAGCCUCAUGUCUCAGCAAAAACUUAAUGAAGGGACCUGAUAUUUGAGGUGAUUACAACUAAUUUAUUCAUUGUUGUGAGAAAAUGUAUCUAGUUAAUUGUGUUUGACAUAUAGUGUGUUUUUCCAGAGUGUUGUUUGAUUGGAGAGUACUACUUGAAACAUUUUUACGGAUUGUUUUUUUAUUGCUGGCUUUGAUGGAAAUAAACUCCUGAGAAAAGAAAAAAAACAUCUUUACAAUUUGUAGAA